GUUCCAGGCUUACGCCGGGUUCGACAUGACUGGUUACCUUGAAUGGGGCGCGGAUGGGGUAUGCGACAGCUGGGAUGAAACAACCUACAUCGGGGACCGGUUCGAGCCGCGAUGCAGACUGUGGUACCAAGACGCCACCGAGACCGGCAACACCGGGGUCAUCUUCACCAACCCUUACGUAGACGCCGACUCGGAGAAGCUCGCUAUGUCUGCCGCCGCGCCGGUCUUCAACUUGGCCGGCACCGUGGCGGCAGUGGUUGGGUUGGACGUUGACGCCGGAGACAUCGAGGGCUCCAUCAAGGACCUCACGGUCACCGACGACGACGGUUAUGCCUACCUGCUGGCCCCGGGCGGGGACGGGCAGGUGGCCGUUUACAGGGACUUGUCGGACUACGGCGGCGUGAACUCUAUCCUGGACUUGGAGUUCGGAGACGGCGUUGACGAAAACGGGGAGGAGAAAUCAAAAGUUUCUUGGUCUUGUCACCGAGAUCUCCGUCGCCUGCUCGGGCUCCGCUGAGUACUCGAGGGACGGGAUUACGUGGAUCCUGGCCUGGAAGCACGAGACCGUGAGCGGCGCCGGCGCGUCUACUGCCAGGGACAACGGCGGUGACGGU